AUGAGCCUCUCCACGCCCCUCCCCUCCCCUCCCCCGUCCCCCCUCAGUGCACGCACCCGCCUGCGCCUGCGAUCCGAAGUUGCAUGCUACCCUCCCGCUUAUCGCCUCCAGCCCACGCUCGUGCAUCGCCUGGACCCUCCACGCUGCCCCGCUCUCUCCGCACUUGUGCUCAGCGCCCGCGCACAAAUCAUCGCGAAGAGAAUGCCACGUACGCUUCAGUGCGUCGACGAGGAGGUCAAUCCCGCCUCUGAUGCGUGCACAUGCGACCCUGCGACCCACAUCCGCCCGCACGCGUCCUAUCGAUCCCACAGCCGUCUCCUCUAG